AUGGAAAUACCUUAUUUUAUAAACUUUAUUCUUCUUGGUGUGGUACAGACAACUGUUCUUCAUCCUAAGCAGAAUUAUAGUAUUGAACUAGAAGAGAGACUCAGGACUGAAAUGUUUACUAACUAUACAGUUCAACAAAGACCAAGCCAAAAAGUCCGAGUUGCCAUUAAGUUCAAUCUUUUAACAGUAAAUGACUUGAAUAUAAAAGAUCAGACAUUGUCAUUAUCUGGUUACUUGACUUUGGAUUGGAAAGAUACCAGAUUGGUCUGGAAUAAAUCAAGCAAAACAUCGCAAGAUUAUUCAAACAUUAAAUUUCUAUUUGCAACAGAAGAGUACGUUUGGAGACCAUCAAUUAUUAUAGAGAAUGGUGUUGAUGGGAUAUCUGUAAUCAGCGAUAAGUCAGUGCCAAUGAGAAUAGCACAAGAUGGUAGAGUUAUAUGGAACCCAGCUGGUGUAUACAAAGUCAGUUGCGAGUCUGAUACCAAAUAUUACCCUAUGGACACACAAGAAUGUUAUUUGAAAAUCAGUGCUUGGGCAUAUACUAAAGCUGAAAUAGAACUGUUUUUCAAAGCGCAGAAUGUCGAUACAAGCUUUUAUACUGUAAAUGGGGAAUGGAAUCUACUUUCUGCAGAAAGUUUUAAAUCGGAAGCAAACACCAGAGAUGGUGAUGCGUUCUCUUCAGUUUCGUUCUUGAUCAGACUUCAGCGACGUCUUCUGUUUCAUGUUGUUAACACUUUGUUUCCAGUAGCUCUGAUGGCCAUUCUGAUAGCGUUUGUGUUCAAACUGCCAGUUGAUUCCGGUGAAAAGAUUGGAUUUUCGUUAACCGUUUUGUUAUCUUAUGCAGUUUAUCUUACGCUGAUUUCGGACAAUAUACCCAGUACAUCUGUCACUGUCUGUUUAUUAUCCAUGUACCUUGCUUUCAUAUUGUUACUUGCUACCAUUGCUGUGUGUUUAACUACAUUUGUGAUAAAUCUACACAUGCGCACAGACGACGAAAGAAUCCCCGACUGGGUGAAGAAAUUUACAUCAACAUACUUAAUAAAAUUUGCUUGUUGGAAACAAAAUUGGGCUUGUAAGAGGAACAAAGUUAAUCAUAAUGGAUCGGACUUAAAUGUAACCAGGACAGAUGACAUACCUCUUACAGAUAAGGCAAAUCACUCUGAUAUCGAGACAGAAAAUGAAGAAGAAUCCCGAAACCUUACAUGGAAGGAACUAUCAGAAAUAAUGGACAAAGUAUUUUACAAUAUUUAUAUGAUCCUCAUCGUGAUAUCUACACUCGCAUUAUUUUUGAUAAUAAUAAUUGGGUAUAAUACUGCAGACAGUUAGUAGUGUGAGAAUUUUAAUUAUAAUGGAGUGGCAAAAGAACAAUUUAAAACCCUCGGUACUUCAAUCAUGUUAACGUUAUGUCUUUAAAACCGACGUCCUGAACUGCUCUGA